AGGAUUUGAUGCUUUUAUUCUGAAACGUCCGAACGGACUUUUGCUCUGAAAGGACUCGAGGAUGAAGGCUGGGAGGAGGAGGAGGAGGGGCGCGUCCCGCGCUGGCGCAGUGAGCUGCCGGGAAGACCCGCGGAAACCUCUCCUACGCGGCCCGGAGCUCGGUUCUGGCUCGGACGGGUUCGGCCGUGAGCUCUCAGCGCUGCGCAGCCGCAGACGAUGCCCCCGCGGCGCCCCUCCCGCCACUGCCCACAGCUCCAUUGUUUCCCGACCGCGACCCGCGCCUCCCGCAGGAGGGGGGGCGGCCAGCACGACGCCGGCGCGCGGAGGAGGCAUGCUCCGGAGCCAUGAGGACUCUGGAUGAGAACCGGGAGGAGGAGGAGGAGCAGCGGAGGAGGUCGGAGCGGCUGAAGGCGGCGCGCCUGUGGCGGGAUGCGGCGCUGCGCUCCCGGAAGCUGCGGGGGGGCCUCCGCCAGCUCACGCUCUGCUCCAAGAACGAGCAGCUGGUGCUGCCGGAGGACAUCUCCGAGGUGGAGGCGCUCAACCUGGGCAACAACUCCCUGCAGGAGCUCCCGGAGGAGCUGGCCGCCUCCCUCGGCAAGCUGCGCGUGCUGGAGCUGCGCCGGAACCGCUUCACGGCCGCGCCCCGCGCGCUCCUGCAGCUGGACCAGCUGCUGGAGCUGGACAUGAGCCACAACUGCCUGCGGACUCUGGCGGAGGGUGUGGGCCGGCUGACGGCCCUGCGGAAGCUCUGCGUCAGCCACAACCGGAUCCAGGCGCUGCCGCCGCAGAUCGGGAGCCUGCAGAACCUGGAGGAGCUGGACGUCAGCUUCAACCUGCUGCUCGGCCUCCCCAGGACCUUCUGCGGCCUCGGCCGGCUGCGCGCGCUGGACGCGGACCACAACAAGCUGAACCACUUCCCACCCGAGAUCCUGGCGCUGGGCCAGCUGGAGGAGCUGGACCUGUCGGGGAACCGGUUCGGGGCGCUGCCCGCCAACAUCUGCAGGCUGAGCUCCAUCAAGGUGCUGUGGCUCAGCAGCCUGCAGGUGAGCGCGCUGCCGGACGGCCUGUGCCGCCUGCAGCAGCUGGAGAGCCUGAUGCUGGACGGGAACCGGCUGUCGGCGCUGCCGCCCUCCUUCGGCCUCCUGCAGAGGCUGAAGAUGGUCAACCUGUCCUCCAACCGGCUGCAGGACUUCCCGCCGGCGCUGCUGAGCAUCACGGGGCUGGAGGAGCUGUACCUGAGCCGGAACGCGCUGAGCCACGUCCCCGAGGAGCUGGGCCGGCUCCGGAAGCUGGUUAACCUCUGGCUGGACCACAACCGCAUCCGGCGCCUGCCGGACUCCAUGGUGGAGCUGCAGAACCUGGAGGAGCUGGUCCUGCAGGGGAACCAGAUCGCCGUACUCCCAGACCACUUCGGGAAGCUGUCCAAGGUCAACAUCUGGAAGGUGAAGGACAACCCCCUGAUCCAGCCGCCCUACGAGGUCUGCAUGAAGGGCAUCCCCCACAUCGCGCUGUACCAGCAGGAGCUGGCGCAGGCGCAGCCCGCCGUCAAGCCCCGCCUCAAGCUGGUGCUGAUGGGGCGGAAGGACGCCGGGAAGACGCGGCUGAGGCGGAGCCUGAUGGGGACAGGGGAGGAGGAGACGGGGAGCCGAGGGGUGGAGCUGGUCCACUGGGAGGCCGACGCCCACCGCCAGCUGACCUUCAUGGUCUUUGACCUAUCAGGCGACCCCAGCUUCGACCCGGUGCAGCCCUUCUUCCUGUCUCCGGGCGCUCUCUACAUCCUGGUGGUCAACCUGAAGUCCUACCAGCCAAAGACCUUCCACGACCACGUGGGCCGCUUCCUGCGCCUGCUGUGCGCCAAAGUCCCUCACGCCGUGGUGUUCGUGGUGGGCACGCACGCCGACCUGUGCGGGGAGGCGGAGCUGGAGGAGAAGAUGCUGGACAUCCACCUGCAGAUCGGGCUGCAGGAGGCGGCAGACGUGCAGGACCUGCGGCGCCGGGCGGAGGAGGUGGAGCUGGCGCUGGAGCAGGGCUUCUCCGUGCGCUCCUCCAGCCCCCACGUUCUGUUCUACGGCGUCUCGGACCGGAACCUGCGGCGCCGCUGGGCUCAGCUGGACUUCCUGCUGAAGCGGCGGCUGCAGGUGCUGUCGCCGGUGCUGAGCGUCAGCUGCAGCCGCUCUCAGAGGAACAUGGGCCGGCUGCGGGAGAAGCUGCUGGCGGUGGCGGAGCAUCGCCACAUCUUCCCCAACCUGCAGCGCGUGCUGCCGCGCUCCUGGCAGCUGCUGGAGGAGCUGCUCCUGCAGUCCUCCGAGCUGUGGCUGUCCUGGUGGAGCUCCGCCCGUCUGGGCCUGCAGGCGGGGCUGACGGAGGACCGGCUGCACGCCGCCCUGUCCUACCUGCACGAGAGCGGGAAGCUGCUGUACUUCGAGGACAGCCCCGCCCUGAAGGAGCACGUCUUCCACAACCUGCCGCGCCUCCUCAGCAUCCUCAACGUCCUCUUCCAGAGGGAGCGCGCCGCGCUGCUGGACCGCCUGCUCGGCGAGGGCGAGCGGGGGGACAAGGGCAGGGCCAGCCUGCUGAUGGAGGACGAGAAGGGGGCGGUCCUGACGGUGACGCACCUGCAGCAGCACCUGGAGGCCUUCCUGCAGCACGGCCUGCUGCCCGCCCACGUCCUCCGGCUGCUGCUGCGGCCGCUGGUGCAGACGCAGCCGGACCUGCAGCUCAUCAUGGAGCUGCUGCAGAAGAUGGGGCUGUGCUACCGCGUCAGCCAGCCCCCCGACGGCGCCGCCGCCUGGUUCCGGUUCCCCAGCUUCGUCAGAAGCGAGGAGCCCCAGGAGGGGUCCCCGGCGCCGCCCGCCAGCCCUCUGUUCUCAAUGGAGCAGCUGCACGUCCAGUACAGCUUCCCGGCGCUGUUCCCGCCCGGACUGCUGGCCCGCUUCAGCGUGCAGAUCGACGGCCACGUGGUGCAGCGGGCGGACAGCAGGAGCCAGAUCUUCGCCUACCGGGGCAAGGUGCCCGUGGUGGUCAGCCACCAGCCCGCCAGGGCGGGGCAGGAGGCGGAGACCCUGUCCAUCAUCAGCCACGCCUCGCUGCCCAACAUCUGGACCGCCUGGCAGGCCGUCACGCCGCUGCUGGAGGAGCUGGACGCGCUGCUGCACGAGUGGCCCGGCCUGAUGUACUCCGUCCACAUCCUCUGCUCCAAGUGUCUGCGGAGGGGCGCGGCCAGCCCACACGUCUUCCCAGGUGAGCUGCUGACUCAGCCUCGACCCGACGGCCUCACCGAGAUCGUCUGUCCCAAGAACGGCUCGGAGCGCGUCGACGUGGCUCUGGUCUACCCCCCCACCCCCACCGCCUCCAGCCCGAAGUGACACGCCCACCCGGCCUUCCUGUGAGCACGUUCACUCAGGGAGGGGUCAAAGGAAGCUCCGCCCUCUGGAUGCUCGCUGAACGGAGCUGCAGGAGGUUCCUGCGCUCCCUCCGAACGUCUUCAGGAGAUGAACCUCCUGGCGUCUGCAGGAGAACUGCGCAGACGUCCCGACUGUCGCCGCGCAGACGGGCGGGGGUGUUACCACCUCCAUGUAGGAGACUCUGGACUAAACCCAAAGAGGAGGUUCUGCUCCUCCAGAGCAUCUUCAGCCUCUAACCUGCUGGAGGACAGGGAGGAGGUGCUGCAGGAGGAGGCGCUGCAGGAGGAGGCGCUGCAGGAGGAGGCGCUGCAGGAGGAGGUGCUGCAGUCAGAAAGACUUCUUUGAUCAGCCACUGAAAUCCGAUUAUAGAUCUGAAAUAUGCAGUUUUUAUUUCCACUGAAGAAUUAUUUAUAAAGUCAGGUUCUGUUUUCUGAAACCACAGGUUCUGUCUCAGUGAAAGGUUCUGAUGUGACCCGUUCUGUCGUGUUCUUCUGACCGGUUCCACUCCAAUCAGUCAAACCUUCUCUGUGCGGUUCACAGUGAACGUCUGAGCUGCUCCUGCAGGAGGUGACACUAACUCCUGCAGGAGCAGAGACCUGAUGGAGGUGCUGCUCCUCUUGGCUGCAGCAGAACUUCAGCUGUUCUCCAGCAGAUCCAGGGAAGCUUCCAGAACAAAGACUGUUAGUCGGCUCCGUUUUGUAAAUACAAAGUCUAUUUUUCUAUCCGGAGAUUCCCGCUCCGACUCCUUCAACCAAAUAAACAGAACAGACUUCA